AUGGAUAUUUCACCGAUUUCUGGAAUUCAGGAACUUUGGGAAUGGAAAAAUCGAAAUGAAGUGGAGCCGAGGUUUUUCGAGAAGUUGAGAAAUUAUAAGAAGAAAGUGGAUGAAGCUGAGAUUUUGGUUUGUCAUGAUAUGCAAGGAGGAUAUUUGGAAGAGGAAAGGUAAGUGAAUUGAGGAACGAAAUUUGGAAAAGGAUAUUUUUGAAACAGUCAAUAUUUUAAAAGGAAAACAGUAAUGCAAAUUUUUUGAUACAAGGCAUUAAGAAUAUUUUUUGAUUAAAGACAACGUGAAAUUGAGAGAGUCAAUAAAUCCAAAAUCUCUAGUCUGGGCUCUCUCAAUUUCGUGGUUGUCUCUAAUCAUAAUAUUCUGAAUAUUUUUCCGAUGGGAAAAUAUCAAUUUUGCGAUCAGAAGUCAAUUAUAAACGCUCAUAAAUCAAAAAAUCAUAUAAUUAUUUUGAAACAGUAAAUUUUUCGGAGAAAAAAAUUUGCUCUGAAAAUUUUCUGAUUUUUUUCCAAGGAGAAAUCACAUAAAAAUUUUAAAAAAGUACAUUUUCAUUAGACGAUGUUUAUAUUUUUCACCAAUGGGCGACCGUGAAGCAAGAAUCUAAAUUUUGGAACAAAAAUUGAACUCCAAAAUUUUUUUUCAAUAAAUAUCAGUAUUUCUUACAGUUGCUGUGGCAAAACAUGUUCUCCCACCUCAUUUGCCUAUACAUUUCUAAACUGGUGGCAAAUUGACAUCUUCAACUAUUUCUCGCAUAAUUUUGUCACAAUUCCACCAGCCUCCUACACAAAAAUCGCCCAUCAACACGGUGUUUUAUCCCUUGGCACUUUUAUCACUGAAUGGAUUCCUGGUGGCAAAACUUGUGAAAGAAUAUUUGAGAAUCGAAAAAGUGUUGAGGAUACUGUAGAUGGAUUAGUUGCAGUUGUGAAAUAUUAUUCAUUUGAUGGAUAUUUAAUUAAUAUUGAAAAUGAAAUUGAUCCAAAGAAAAUUGAUUUGGUUUAUUAUUUUUUGGAAGAUUUGACGAGAAAAAUGAAGAAAAUCAAUGAAAAUUCUCGAAUUAUUUGGUAUGAUUCAGUGACUUUUGAUGGAAAAUUACGAUGGCAAAACGCCCUGAACUCAAAAAAUCACAAAUUCUAUGAUUCAUGCGAUGGCAUUUAUUUGAACUACAAUUGGACUGAUCAACAUUUACUGGAUUCAGCGGAUUUUGGAAAAUUAUCAAAGAUCUUUGUUGGAAUUGAUGUUUGGGCGAGAGGUUGUGUGGGAAAAUGGGAUUGUUGGAAGAGUUUUGCGACGGCCAAAUUGUUGCGAAUGUCGGUGGCGAUUUUUGGAACUGGAUGGAUACAUGAAACGAAUCCGGGAAAAGAUCAAGUUGUUUUAGGUGAGGAGGGGGUGAAGGCUUUGAAUGAGACUAUAAGAAUUUUUAUCAUGUUAAAAUUUUUCAAUCAUGUUAAAAAAUGUUUAGAGUCUGAUUCAGAUUAUCUUUAGGAAAUUCUAGUUUCAAAAAAUCAGGUGCUUUUCACAAAAAAGUUUAUUGUGUUUUCGGUUGUACACAAUUUUUUAAAUCAGAAAAAACCAUAGUAGAAUUUUUGAAUUAAAAUUUUCAGUUUCAAAAAUUCCCUUUUUUAAAUUUAUUCUAUUUUCAAUAAUAUUUGUUUGAAAAAUUAGAAUUGGUGUACAUACUAUCCAAAAAAUCAAAUUUGAUUUUUUUACUAAAAAUUAAGUUCAAAUAUUGAAACAGUGAUUUUUUCCGUGGAAAAUCUUUUUAAAAAAUGCGAAUUUAACUCAAAAUGAAUCAAUUCGAAUAAAAAAAAAUAAUACUAUUAUAUUUUUGAAACAGUAAAAAAAAUUCUACAAAAAAACCAAUUUUAAUUUUCCAAUACAAAAUUGUGCAAAUUAUUUAUUUAUGGAAUAAAUUAUUUCUCGAGAAUAAUUAUGUUUGGAGAUAGUUAUAUCACAACUUUAAAACAGUGAAUUUUUCCAAAAAAAUUUAAAAAAAAAUAAUAAUAAUAUUAAUAUAUAAUUUAAAUUUUUUUGUUUUUUCUUUUCUAAUCCAAAAUUCAUCCAAUUCCAGGAAUCAAAUUUUGGAAAACCUUGGAACCAUAUGUGAAGACUCGAAAGUUCCAAGAAAUCCCAUUCGAAACAAAUUUUGGAUCAGGAAUUGAUGCACAAAAUCAAUUCAAAUUAUCAAAUAUUUCAAUUCAACCACAAUUUCUCGACAACUUUUCAUGUUUUCCCAAAAAUUGUGAAGGACUUUUACUAACUGGAUCGAAUACUAUUUUCAAGAUUUUUGCUUUCGAUGAAAUUGAAGUCAAAAAUAUCAAACUGACUAUGAGAAGCGAUAAGGAUGUUAGGGUUUUGAUUAAUGGGAAAAUUAAUGAAUUGAAAAAUUGUGAAAUUUUGGUGGAGGAAAAGGAGUUUUGGAAACUCGGGGAGAUUUCGAUAUUAACGGGAGAUUUUGAAGAGACACUUAUUAAUUAUUUUAAAAUUGAAUAAAUAUUUAGGCUUUUGUGAGCUACAUGUAGAAAAAAUAUUAAAUGUCACUGGUUCGAUAGAAACAUUUUAUGAUUUUUUUGAAACAGUGAAAAAUUUCCAUAGAAAAAUAAUUAUUUUCAAAUUUCACAAGUUGGUUUUGAGAAAAUUGAAAACACUGGUUUUUUGAAACGGAUUAAAAAUUUUCAAUUUUUUUGAAACAGUAUUAAAAAAUCCAAGGAAAAAUAUGUUUCAGAAUAUUUUUACAUAUUCAGUUUUACAAAUUUUUAAUAAGCGAAAUUUCUAAAGAACAUUGAAUGUUUUCCAAAUUCUAUUUUGCUUCGAAUUUUUCGAAACAGUGGAAACCCCAACAAUUUUACGAAACAGUUCAAAAAAUCUUGUUUUUCCACCCACUUUGUUCUUCUUCUCAUCGAAAAGUGGUUUUUCUAUCUCUCAAACUCGAAAAAUCUCAAUCUCUGCUCGAAAUCUCUUUUUUUUUUCAAGUGAAAUUUGAAAAUUUGAGAGGAGAUCUCUAUCAAUUUUUCAAGUUUUAUUGAUUUCUCAAUUUUUUUUUGCUUUUUUCUGAAAAAUGUUUAUUAUAUAAACUUGGUUCUAGACAAAUCUUGCACGGUGUUUUUUUUUGUGAGAACACAAUUUCAUUUUAAGUGGGGAGGGAGCGGAGAGCAAUUGCGCAAGUUUCUUUGCGCUCUGUUUUUUUUUGGUUGGUCGAGGCGAAAAAUGUAUGUACGAAAAAGUGGAAAAGUGAUUUCUGUCUUUUUUCGUAUCCGGCGAGCUUUCUUUUUGAAUUUUAGUUGAUGACGUCGCUUUUUCAGAGCAUUUUUUAUUGAAAAUUCAAUUUAGCUAAUUAGGCCUGAUAUGACGUGGUAAGAGCUCCACGAGUCGAAAAUUUCAACUCAAAAAAAUUUCUAAAAAUGAAUGGAAAUUCAGAAACAGUUAACUUUUUAUAUUUACAAAUUUUUUGGCAGGUGGAAUACUGUGAAACAAUCUUUUCUAAAAAACCAUUUUCUUUUCUGAAUUAUGGAAUUUAUAAUCAAUGGGUAUCUCAAUUCCUUAGAUUUUCCUUAGUAUCUCACUUCCUUAGAGGUUCCUUAGAUUUUCCAAGUCCAAAAGUUCGAAAAAAUCUGCAGACAUUGCUUUUUUGUGCUCUUGAUCAUUGAGAUAUAUACCAAACCAAAAUACAACCGAAAAAUGAUGAUGAUUGUUUAGUCAAACACUUGAAAAACGUAUCAUUCGAGCUUUUUUUGUAGCCUUAUUCUUGUUGAAAAAAAAAAGAAAGUGACGAUAUUUUUGUUGAGUCACUAAUUUAGAAAUGAAUCAAAAUUUCAGCGAUGUAUACAUGUGGAAAUCGAAAAGUGAUUCCGAAUAUGCCGGAUUUGGUUUUGCGCAAAAUUUUUAGUUUUUAUAAUUAUUCGACAAUGUGUAAAAUGGAACGAGUUUGUAAAAGAUGGCAGAAUAUUAUUAAUUGGCAAUUUCGAAGAGAUAUUCAUGAAAUUUCGAUUGAAAGAGUAAGUUUUAAAAAUUUUGGAUGGGAUUAUUGAAACUUCUCUUCUACCAAAAUUCACUGUUUCAAAUCUUUCAGAUAUUUGUUUUUGAAAAUCGAAAAAUAAUUCUUCUUUCUGCAGAGAUGCAAAUUAAAUUUAUACAUUAUCUCAAAAUAAUAAAGGUAAAAAAAAUAUUUGCUACUGGCUUCAUCUUAUCCCUAGACAAAAAUUCACUGUUUCAAAAUUUUUAUAUUUUUUUUUCAAAAUGUAAAAAAAAACAAUUUGGUUCUGCUUGGAUGUUCCAAAAUUCUCAUCUUUAGAACUGAAAUUUUUGUUUAAAAAAUCAACUGUUUCGAAUUAUGCCCUAUAAUCCAAAAAUUAAUUGAUUGACACAACAAAAAUUUCCUAAAACUUUUCACUGUUUCGAAUUUUCUAUAUAUUUUUUCAUAAUAUAAAAAUACAAAGAAUCAUUUCUCUCCGAAUCAAAAAUGAAUAUUUGCAGUUGGGUUCGUCAUAUCCUUCAGCUCAUCAAUGUAUUCCAUUCCGCCGUCUCGCAAUUACUUGUCCUCCAGAUUCUCACGAUUUUCUUUCUGGUGUUUUUCGCCGAAGUCGACUUUCGAUAACUCGUCUUACAACAGAUAUUCAAUUUUUAUCAUCAAUCGAUCAAGUUUAUGUUUCAAAAGAUGCGAAUCGAAAAUAUUUUAGUAAUGUUGAAGAAUUAUGGCUUCUAAUGAUCCAUCCAAAUGAUGAAGUUACCAAAGCAUUUAUGAAUGUUGAAGCACAACUUUUUAGUGUAAGAAUUUAGAGACAAUUAAUGUAAUUCAUAAAUUUCUUCUAGAAUCUUCAACAACUAACUCUACAAGUUCACGUAAAUAAUAGAUCAUAUCAAAAUGUCUCGGAAAUCGUCAAAUCUUUCAUUCUUCGCUACCCAAAUACUCAAAUAAAUUUGGAACUUCACGCUGAUCGAGCAAAUGAGAUAUUGAAUCAAAUAAGUGUUCUUCCACCUUUGCCACUUUUCAAAAUUAAGUUGAUUUGCACGGAUUUUGAUCAACCUCAAUUACGAUUGGAUCAAUUGUAUGCGGUGAUGAGAGAGCAAAAUGUGCAAGCGAAAAAUAUUACAAUGAGGUAAGUGAACGCGGUUUUUAUUACUAACAAGGAAUGAUCGACAAUUUGACCCCUUGGAUUUUGAUGAUUAUUUUUGCAAAAUGACCCAUUGGGCGAGUGUAUAAAAAACCUAGGGGGAUUUUGUACACUUCGGCCUAUUUCCAGAAUUCUGGGGACCUCAUUUUUUUGAAGUUAAGACUUUCAGGCUCUGGAAUAUGCUUCAUAGGUGACGAAAAAGUCGAUUAAAAAAUAAUUUUGAAGCUAAAAUUGUUUUCUAUUGUGUUUUUUUAACUGUUCUUACCGUAAAAAAAUUUUUGGAUAAAAAUCUACCAAAACUGAAAAAUUCGAAAAAAUGAAAAUUGUAGAGUCUGGGUAAGUAAAUAUUUAAAACUGUUGCUAGACAUAUUUUUUGCUCUAGAAAAGGAUAAGCGCUAUUAGAAAUUUCAUAUCUCAAGGAUUCAACUCGAAAAUCACAUUUAAAAAAUUUUCUGAACCAUAUUCCGAAGCCUGAAAGUAUUACCUUCAAAAAAAAAAGAAGUCCCCAGAAUUCUGGAAAUAGGCCGAAGUGUACAAAAUCCCCCUAGGCUUUUUAUACACUCGCCCAAUGGGUCAUUUUGCAAAAAUAAUCAUCAAAAUCCAGGGGGUCAAAUUGUCGAUCAUUAGUAAGUAAGUUAGACUAAACUUUUUCGAAGAAUUUUAGAUUUAUUGUUAUAUCUACAGAACUAGUUCGAAAGAAAUGCAUCUGAAGUACAGUAACUCAAUGCAAAACUACAGUAAUACAGUUACUGUAGGCCUUCCGAAGACAAAGUACUUUUUCGAACAACAGAACAUUCAACGUUUCUUACAGUACUCGACAAAUGCGAACAACAACUACAGUAAUCUUAUUGUAGACACGAAAUAUCUACAGUACCCUGAUUACUGUGUUCGUAGGAAACAAAACUACAAGUCAUUGGCUUUUAUGCAACGACUUGUAGCGAAAAAACAAACAACAGUAAUUUUCUACUAUUUGGCUUUUAAGCAAAAAGUAGAAAAAAUCGGACGCAAUUUCCAGAAUCCUUGAAUUUGGUGAAUUUCCAAAGAAAAUUGUCGCCAAAUCGCCCUGAAAAAUUCAAAGUUUUUCUUUGAAAAUUCAAAAAUUGGGCAUAGCUUCUGCAUUCCAUCUGAAAUUUCGAUUGAAAAUUUGAAUUCCAUCAAUUUUCAAUCAAAAUUCCAGAACUUCUUCUUGUUUGGUUAGAAAAACUCACCGAAAAUUUCGAAAUCUUUGAUUUUUGUUGUUUUGUGCAAGUGUUUUCAGGCGGGUUUUCCAUGGUUUUCGAGUUUGUUUCUGAAAAAAUUAUGGGUUUUCUUGGAAUUAUCGUAUUUUCCCUGAUAAUAGUAAAGGAAAUUUUUCCCUCCUCUUUGAAUAAUCCACGUUUUCUUUUCAAAAUUUUUCUUUGAAAAGCGAACCUCGAUCUCUCUCAUCACAGUUUUUCCAACCAAAUCAAGUCGACAGAGUCGAGAGUAUAACCAAAAAAUUAAGGUAACUCAUGUCGAGGUUCCUGACAAUUGCAAUGGCUAAUGCUCAACUUAAGAAGCUUCACUAUCCAGAGUUAGGCUAAGUUGAGCUGUACUUUACUCCAGGAGAGACACGUGAAAUUAUUCGAAAAAAUGGCGGUAGGUUAGGAAUUCCGAAUUCGGGCACCCCAAAGAAAAAACUCAUCUUUAUUUGCUGCCGUUUUGUUGCUCACCGAAAAUUUGAAAGAACUGAAAAAUUAUCGUUAAUGGCAUUUGCCACGAAAAUUUCACGUUCACGCAAAAACAUAUUAUUUUUUCUCUCUUGUUUUUUUUGCUGACAGAAAAAAAGAUUGGUAGGAGAAAAAAAGGAACGAGAUAAAUACGUUUGGCGUCGAGAUUGCACGUAGGAUUUGGUGUUUGCGGACAUUCGGUGUUGACACACACUCUUCUUUUUUCCGUUCUUUCUUUAGGCCUGGGAUUAAAAAUCUUAGUUUUUAACACUGCAAUCCAAAGCUUUUAGUGUUUUCGAAGAUGAAUUAAUUUGAAACAGAAUGUUCUGAACAGAAAUCUAAAAUCUAAAAAAAAUUAAAUCUAAGUUCAGAUUAUCAAGGUUAUUUAGACUAACUUCAAAUAAAUAAUCCGAAAUUUUCCAAAUCUCCCAUUUUUCCAGAGAUUGGUCGCUGUCAACAGAUGGUCUAACAGCCUUAGCCUACAAUCCUCUCGAUACAUUUCGAAUUUCAAGUUGUGCAAUCGAAACAGUCGAUAAUUUGGUAACAAGUUUACAAAGAACUGCUUCACAACAAUCGAAUGAAUUGAAUCCGAAACCGAAAAAAAGAAAAAUUGUGAAAAAGAAAAAAGUUGAGGAAAAAUUGGGAGAUGAAGAAGAAAUGAAAAAAAGAGAAAAAGAAAAAAAUUGUGAAAAAAGUGGUGAAGAAGAAGAAACCAAUUUCAUUUAUCAAAAAAUUAGAGAUUGCUGGACAAUGCACAUUGCAUGGAUUGACGUUUUUGCAGGUUUGGAAGUUUUGAAUUUGGGUGAAGAUACGUGGAUUUCCGAAGAUAGAUUUAUUUUGGAAAGCUAUGAGACAAAUUUGGAACAGUGAACAUUUUGAGUCGGGAAAGUUCAGAAUUCUGAAAAAAAAUAAAUGUUGCCACCUGGAUUUUUUGAGGCCAAAUUCUAUUUUUAAUAUUUUAAAGUAGAUAGAUGCGAAACUAAAUUAAACUUUUCUCUGAAAAUUAAAUAUCUAAUUUUGAAACAGUAAUAUUUCUGAGUUUAAAAAAUCUGACAUUUUCGGGCCAAAAUUCCUGUUCCUUUAAACUAUCUGCAAUUUUUUACGCUAAAUUAAUUUUUUUCAGCAAAAAGCGCAUACAGAAUUGGAACGUCGACUUGGAACCAUAAUUCCAGACAUGGAUGUGGAUUGUAG